CUUGAUUCUCUUGAUGAAAUUUUGGACGGAGCGUCAAGCGGUGUUGCUGCUGAGAAGGUUAACAAGCCUAAAACUGAGCUGGAUGUAGGAGAAAAGUCUCUCAAUGAAUUGCUUGAUGAAGUAGACAUCUUGGGGCCUGUCUCUAAUCCAAGUGGUCAGAGGAGGGAUGUCCCUAAAAUUAGCACUAAAGCCACAGAGCAGCUUGACUGCCUUGAUGCCUUGGACUUGUUCCCCACAGUGAAGAGUGUUGGGUCUGCUUUGCCAGCAGUUUCAUUUGGGGUAGCAGGCCUGGACUCGCUCUCUGAUUUCAGCUCAAAUGGUUUCUCUGACUCACACACUGCAUUUACUCCGGUAAUGCGAUCUCCUAAAAAUCACUACAAAGAGAGAAAUAGCCCAGGGCUUGUUUCAGUCUCCAACCCCCUAGCGUCCACCCACGAAUUCCUGCAGGCCUGCUCCACAUGUUUCCCUCAAGAGGGUAAAGGGAUAUACUCCUAUGUUCACAAGCCAGACCUGGUCCACAACUGUAAGCGAGACAUUCUGCUGUGUAGAUGGAAGGUGGAUUGUCCGACGGCGUGGACCAGAGUACGACCACUUCCUGCUAGGACAUCCUUCUCAGGACCAUUUGUACUCUGUAAAAAUCUGCUGCAGUCUGGGGAUUUGGGCAUUUGUAAGUACGGAGAGAAAUGCACGUUUGCCUACAACCAGCUGGAGAUAGAUGUUUGGACAGAAGAGAGGAAGGGGACACUAGACAGGAACCUGCUGUUUGAGACCACACCCGUCAAAAUGGACCCUGUGAACAGCAUCAUACGGCUUCAAGAGGAAAACAAGGGCAUGUUUAUCUUCCUUUGUCAGGAGUGUUAUGACAGUAAACCUAGAAUCAUCAGUAAACGCUCCAGUGACAAUCACGCCAUCUGCUCUAACGUGGAUGCUCGUCACAACUUCGAUGCUAAUAAGUGCCUGGCCUUUGUGAUGAGGACCUUCAACGUGAACUACAAAAAAGUUCGUCCUCUCAGCAUCAUGUGCCAAUUGGACUUGUGCCGACAAGCCAUCCGGUAUGGCUGCCAAAGAGAAGACAGCUGCCAGUAUGCCCACUCUGUCAUAGAGCUUAAAACCUGGAGGAUUCAGUGUCACACAGGUAUCAGCCCUGAUGAGAUUGUGAAAGUAUCCAUGAAGUAUCAUGACAAGACAGCGCAAAAUUCAAACAAAGACAAAGUUAACAGAGUGUUCGCUGGAGGAGGUGGAAGCAAAUCUAAAGGAGGAGAAGUAGGAGGUGCCAGGAGUGGGAAGACUCUUAAUAUGAAGAUGAAGUUUGCAUGUGCUCAGUGCUGGGGGGGCGGCCUGAUUACCGAACCAGACAAAGCACUCAAGUACUGUUCUGCCAAAGCCAGCCACAUGUGGACGAAAGACAGACGAGUACUGCUGGUCAAGUCCUCAGAGAGAAGUAAAUGGGUUCAGGUCCGACCACUGCCUCAUGCCAAGAACUUCCCUGUGCAAUAUGACAUGUGUGCCCAGAUUCAGGAGAAGAGGAAAUGUAACUACACUGGGAACUGCACCUUUGCUCACAGCCAGGAGGAGAAAGAAAUGUGGAUGUACAUGAAGAAUAAUGACUUGCGGGACAUGCAGCAGGUGUAUGACAUGUGGUUGACAUUAGCUGGCAACCACCGCCAAGCAGAGGGAGCCACGUUCUCUCAGCCCAACUCCGAAGAGAAAUGCAUCAUUAUGCCAACUGACUACGCUGAACCAAUGUAUGGUUUCCACUGCCGUUUGUGCGGUAAGCACAGUAACAGUGAGCGACAGUGGCAGCAGCACAUUUCCUCUGAGAAACACAAAGACCGAGUGUUCAGCUGUGAGGGAGAAGAUGAAGCUCUGACAUGGAGCUACCGCUUUCCUGGAACAUGCUUUAAACUCUGCCCCAAGUUUGAUGGUGGCUGUCCUGAUGGUGUGAGCUGCGAUUACGCCCACAGCCCAGAGGAGCUGCAAGAGUGGACGGAGAGAAGGGAUUUCCUGCGACAGAAACUGGCCAAAGCUAGGGACGACAUGCUUGUCAUGCCUAAUGAGUUUGACUUUGGGAAGUACAACUUUCUACUGCAGGACUGAGAAGAAUUUGACUUUGCAACUGCCAAACUAGUAUUUUGAUUAUGUGUUGAUGUUUCAAACCUAAACUAUUAUGUUUAGACUAAGGAAGCACUUGAAUUGUCAAACACAUAUUGACCUUCCCCAAAGUGCUGCAUUAGUAACUCUAAAUUAGUCAAUCUUUUAACUUUUUAAGUGUUUGUUGCCAUGUGAAUACAUGUCUUUUUGCUUCAUGUCUGUUAAAGGGUUUACAGUGAUCUGUACUUGGAGCUGCUUGUAUGCUUUAUUUUCACUCUUUUAUGUACUUUCCCCCUUAGUUUAUAUUUCGUUUCAGCAUUGAUCAGUGCCUUCAGUCCACAGUUUACCAAAGAUGUGCAGAAUGUUCAAACGCCUGAAUGUUUAUUAAAAAAAAACAAUUAAUA